AGUUUCGAAUCUUUUGAUCUUAGUAAACAUUGGACAAAAAGUUCUUUGCUAUUUCUAUUAGAGGGUUAAAGAGUUAAAUAUUACAAUUAUUGUAAAAUUACGUGAUGACGUUUAUAUUACGCUCCUUAACGUUAAAGAGUACAUUAAAAAAGACACUUUUAUCAAUUGAUUGUUUCAAUAAGAUGAGAAAUUCAUUAGUGCAUGCAUCGAAACCGUUAUUACAUGGAGAAUACGAAAUGCAGGAUCCAAAAUCAGAAGCCGAUAUAGUAAAUAUUACAUUUGUGGAUAAAACAGGAAAAAAAAUACCAGUAAAAGGUAAAAUAGGAGAUAAUGUACUUUAUUUAGCACAUAGAUAUGGAAUUGAAAUGGAAGGGGCAUGUGAAGCUUCUCUUGCUUGUACUACAUGUCAUGUAUAUGUACAUUAUGAUUAUUUAAAUAAACUUCCACAAGCAGAGGAACAAGAAGAGGAUCUAUUGGAUUUAGCACCUUUUUUAAAAGAAAAUUCUAGAUUAGGUUGUCAAAUAAUAUUAUCUAAGGAAUUGGAUGGUAUAGUAUUAGAAUUACCUAAAGCAACUAGAAACUUUUAUGUUGAUGGUCAUACUCCAGCUCCACAUUAAAAUAGAUAUCAUGUAUAAAUAUAUUUAAUUAAUUAAUUAGUAUAUCUUAGCAAAUGAAUUUGCUAAAAAAUAUUCAUAAAUUGUAUAAAAGAUAGUUAUAUUAUUUAAAUAAAUAUGUUAAUUUUCAUAAAUUAAUAUAUUGUAAUAUAUCUAAUAAUAUUAUAUGUAAGAUGAUUUAUAUUUAUCUAAUGUCUCAUUGUGAUACAAUAUAUUUUAUUUUUCAUACAGCUGGAUUAUGAUACAUAUUUCUUUAAUUACAAUGAUACAAGAUUUAAACAUUUAUGAUACAAUGAAUCCGUGAAUUAAAAUCUUACUCGUUGAUCUUGCAGCAUUUACAUUGUGAGUGAGAAUCACGUAGAACAAGUUUUUACAAUCUAAUCUCACAUCACUUGAGUGCUGCCACAAACGUUUAACACUUGUUUUACUUUUGGCAGGCACUUUUGCGAAUUAUCCCAGUUUGAUAAUUUUUAUAAUAGCUUUGUGUGUAUUUAUAUGUGCAUAUCCGUUAAAAUUUAUUUAUUUGUGUAAAUUUUUGCACAUAUCACUUUUGCCCACACGCACGCACGCGCGCACACAUGCACGCAUUCAUAUAUUCAUCUAUUUGUAUUAAUGAUUAUUAUCACCAAUAUAUUUAUCAUUCUUGUACAAAUUAUAUUAUUUAUAUUUUCUCCCGAUUAAUUAAUUAUUAUGAUACGACACUUUUAAGAUGUGCUUCAAUUACAUUAAACACUCAUACUAAAUCAUUGAGAAAAUUUAAAUAGGAUAUUUUUCAGGCACGCUUCAUUUGUCAAUCUAUAAAAACCGUAAUACACAUAUUUCUCAUUUGGUAUAGAUCAUCACAACAAACUUACAGAAAAAGUAACUUUUGUACUUUUCUAUAACCAAACAAUUGGUAUUAAUACAUACCACAAGAUUGGUAAUAUACGAAUGAUAUCUAUAAUAGAAAUUAUAAUGGAAUCAAUAUAUAUUUUAUAAGAACAAGAAUUAAUGUAACAAUUGAGUAAUUGCGUGUUAAAAAAAUACUUGCAAUUAUUGUUAAUAAGUAAAUUUUAAAUUAGAAAGAAAAAAAAAGAGAGAAAAAAAAAAAAAGAAAAAUAAGAAAAAUAUCAAAGCUCAAGAGAUUACAUUUAGAUUAAAUAAUAUAUGCAUUACCAAAUAUAACUUAUACUUUCGUAAAAUUGAGAAUAACUUUAUUAUGCAUACGUAUCUAUAAAUAGUAUGUCUAAAGUGCAAAGGUAUGUAUUAUUGUAAAUGAAACAUAGUUUUUUUUAUCGGACAGCAAAUAUUCAUAAAGAAAAAAAUAUUAUCUCGAUUUUUAUCAGAUGAUUGAAAAAUAUUGUAAAAUAAAACAGAAAGAACGAUCGUAUUUAUAAUCUAAUUUAUGAUUUUGCAUGUAUUAGUAUAUGAUAAAUAAGAAAUCGUAAAAAUAACGUAAACAAUUAUUAUAUUAA